CAUAUAUAAAAUCAACCACCUCUCCUCUACUUAAAUUAUUGAUAUCAUGACAUGAAAUAACAAGAAAAUCAGAAUUCGUUUUACGCCCGUAGUAGUUCAUCAUGGCGGCCCCCAGGAAACAGGCGCUUGACAGUGUUCUGGGAUUUAAAGUUGUUGAACUCAAGUUCAACAAAGAGAGUACAGCCAGACACCAACUCCUGUGGAAGCAACAUGUCGUCAGAACCUACGAUAUGGACAAGCCAGCAGAAAGAACUCUCUUUGUUGUGAAUGUUCCUCCAUAUGUCACAGAAAGUGCUUUCAAGAAAUUGUUUUCCCAAUAUGGAAAGGUUUUGAAAGUCCACUUCCACAAGAAGCCCACUUCAGGUGCUCCACAGCAGUCAAAGUUUCCUAACCUGGACCCUGUUCCACCUGUUCCGAUCUUGCACAACUUCGGAAGAAAUUUGAGGAAGACAAGAAGAGGAUAACCCAAAUGAGGACAUCAAGAAAAUUCAAACCAUACUGAAGCAGUUGGCGAUCCGGAGUAUAGCAUUGAGGAUGACAGGAAAUCUAUUAAAUCUUUAUUACUAGUUG